CUAGAGAAGCUUUGCCAUCGGAAAUGUGUGUUUGUUUAUGUUUCGCCAGUUCGCCUGCAGUUGAGGUUAUGUUAUAUACAUUCACGUGGUAUAAAAAAAGCUAACGAUUUUCCUUAGGACUACAGCAUUUAACUGAAGAUGGCGAAAAGUUUGCGUAGUAAAUGGAAGAGGAAAAUGAGAGCUGUUAAGAGAGAACGGUAUGGUCAGAAGGAGCUGGCCAGACUUAAGAAUAUUUUAGGCAUUAAUGAUGGAAGCUCAGAUGCAAACAUGGAAAACAUUUCAGAAAUUGUAACAGUGGCAGAUCCUAAAUCAUUGCAAGCAGAACAUCCCAGUACUUCGUCAUACAGCACACCCCCAGAAGAGGAAAUGGAUCAUGAUAAGAAACGAGUGUACAAUAAGAAAACUCUCAGGGACCAAUAUGGUAACUAUCCUGUGUGGAUGAGUAGUAGAAAGAUAAAAGCAAUUGCAAGCAAAAACAAAAUAACAAAGAAACAAAAGAAGAAGGCUGCUAAGAAAAGGAAGAAGACAAAUUAACAUUAAAUAUCUAGUUGUGAUACAAUUCUAAAUGUGGCAGUUAAGUGUUUCUUGACAACGUAUGAGAUCUGUGGAUCUAAGACAUAAGUUGAUACAUUGUAUUUUGUAAAAAUACCAUUGUAUAUUUUUUUAUUUAAAUAUGUUGGAAUACAUUUAAGUUAAUGAUUUAAAACA